UGCGGAAGCGGAAAGAUCCUGGUCAGAUUUAUGCUGCCGAUUAUAAAAUACAAUGGAGGCGAAUAUAUUCGCCAGUGUUUUCAGACACCGUUCUGGGAAUUCGAGAGGCACGGUAUCCGUCAAAGCACAAUACUUGAAUAUGCACAAUCGGUGCUUGCGAAGUACGGCGUUUCGGAAAAAUAUCCCACCAUCUAUUUAGAGGAUGCAAUCAUUCCCCAUAACCAGUCGCCAGAAAUUGUCCGAGAUGGUGAUCUCCUUCGGUUUGUUCCAUGUCAAAGAAACCUCGCGGGCGCUGGUCCAUCGCAGGUUGUGCAGGCGGUCACUCCGUAUUCUCAGAUUCCCCACACUGAAAAUUUCGUAGGUGGUUGCACCGAUGCAAAUGUCACAACGGCUGUAACAGUGAGGCAGCCUACAACGCCACCUAACAAUACGACGAUCAUACAAAGUCAAGCCGUGAGACCGACCUACAAUUAUACACAUCAAGUUUACACGGCGGAAUCCACCGAGGAGAGAAGAAACAGUGGAGCAGAAAGCAGUGAGGAUGCCGGAUGUGAAAAUGAGGAAACGACACUUGGCUCCGAAAAACGACGAAAACGACGAAAACGCGGGCCGCGUCGUCGGAUUCGAAGUAAACGAACUGUUGUGGACUUACACAGUCGUAUUGGGCAAGUGGAUGCUUCCACGAUGAAUACCAUCAGUCUAGCCCAGAAUACCAAUACGGAGCGACCGCAAAUCGAAAAACAAAACGAUGUUUUUCAUUCGCGCGGAAUAAUUUCCAGCAAAAGCGAAAUUCUGACCGGCAAUAUUGGCUUGAGUUCUCGACGGGGGAUUCGACAGUCGCCUGAAAAUUGCAGUACAGAUGAGAGCCCAACGGAGCAGAAUUUAGAUCAAAAUAGCUUAGUUAGCAUAUAUGAUACAGCACAGGGAGAUGCUAAAGACGUAUUAGGUCAUAUCAGCUCUUUAAAGGCAUCGAAAUCGUUUAAUAAAAGCGACGAAGAAGAAAUGGCCUUGUCCUUCAAGUCAGAUGAACAGCAAAAUGCCCCAAAAGUUGUUUCAGAUACAGGCAACAACGAAGGCUCGUUUGUGCAUAAGGCUUCUUCGAAAACCAAGCCUUCAACAAAGAAAGUGUCUGUUCGAAAGGCAGCUAAAAGAUCACACGGAGUUGGGGAUCUUCUUCGAAUGCUUCAAAGCGAUGGGAGUUGCAAUAAUCAGUCACGUAACAAAAUUGCUUCGAACACAACUACUUUAUGUCAGUCAAAUUAUUCACAUGCUGAACAACAUAUCGAGAGCAAUACAAUAGACUUGCCUGAAAGUCAAUCCAUAGAGUUUCGCAGUACAGAAGACAACAGUAUUAAUUCACCUCAAUCCAAAACAGUCUUGACUGCAGCAACCAUGCUCAAACCAGAAGUUCGUCUUGAGGACAUUCGCGUUGGAUCACUUCUUGUCGCGGGAGUAAGUCUGUUUUCAGAGGCUGAUAUGAGCGUUCGUUUCUUUAAUGACGUCACUCUAUCCGUAAUGCAUCUGAACGUUGCAAAGAAACAGGUAUAUGUAAAGCUGGAAAAGGGUUUGUUACCAGUGGAAUACCGGGAUUACAGUUUCAAAAUCGAGUGGUCGUUACUUGAAAAUGUGCGGCUACUCUCAGCACCUGAUUUGCACUCACCAAAAUGAAAUAGCGUAGUUUCGUCGAAGUGUACAUUUGUGUCCAUAAAUAUAUUUCCAACGCUUGUAGUUAAACAUACUGAAAAAGUGCGCGGUCCUAACUGAAUUAUUAUGAAUUUCGGGGUGUUUUGGAGAAGCAUAGUGUGGUUUUAUGUCACACUGUUCAAACCGAUUUAUCAGGUUAGGUUAUUGUAUCGUUGGAGGUGUGGAGGACGAAUACAUUUCCUACUUGGUAUAUAAUGCCACCUUUCCAUUGGCUUAAUCAAAAAUCCAAUAUCUGCUGUAUUUUAAUGUCGGCCGCAUAUCCAGGGCCGCGUAAUUUACUCUAAAUAAAAGAAAAAAAAAACUCUUAUCUAGCAAAAUGAGAGAUUUCUUUAAGAAUAAAGUGACCCGUUGCACCAACCGGCCAUUGUAUUUUUAAUCCAAGAAGGCUUUACAUAAGG